AGUCGAGGUACUCCAAUGAUAUCCCCACUUAUUACAUGGAAACAUUCAAACGACUGGUUUGUGGCAGAUUACAAAAGACAAGAGAGAAUUGAUUCUGGCGAACGAAUAUUUGAAAUAUCGAUCGAUUAUGAAGAAUUUCAGUAUGUUAGUGGUCAUGUGGUCGAUGGCAGAAAUUUGUUUCCAGCGACAGGAUAUUUAUGUUUAGUUUGGGAAACUUUCGGCAUGAUGAUAGGACAAUUGUACACGGAAUUAUCUGUUGUCAUUGAAAAUAUAAAGUUUAAUCGAGCUACCACCAUGCCAAAAAAAGGCAAAAUUGAAAUGAUAGUCAUGAUUCAAAAAGGUACUUUCCACAACUUGUAUCUAUAUAUUGUUUUAUUUAGAAUUUAACAUAUGUCGAUCUACUAACGAACAGGCAGUGGUAAU